CUUCACAAACGAACGUACUCCAUCUCCAAAAACACAGAAACAUCCAAAUUUGAUUUCCUACCCUUCUGAGUUUAGGACCCCUCACAUAACUUGAGAACCAGCCAUGUUGGAAUCAGAGAGGUUUAAGAAAAUGCAGAAGAACAGGAAAUGCUUUGCAUACAUCGGAAUCUUCAUUGUGUUCCAAAUCAUAGUCAUGACUGUUUUUGGAUUGACCGUGAUGAAGAUCAAAACCCCGAGCGUGAGGCUGAGGUCCGUGACGGUCAGUGACCUCUCGAGCAGCUCCUCUUCCUUCACCGCAACUCUCAUUGCUGAAGUUGCCGUGAAGAACAAGAACUUCGGCAGCUACAGGUUCGAUGCCACCACGGCUAAUGUGACAUACGGGGCUGUCACGCUGGGAAGAGGUGACAUUGCCAAGGCCCGCGCCGGUUUGAAGAAGACGAAGAGGUUCAAUGUCACCAUUGAUGUAAGCUCGAGCGGGGUGUCGGAUUCAUCAACUCUUGCCACUGACCUGACUGCAGGGAAUGUAACACUGUGGGCUCUUUCGAGAGUCACCGGUAAGGUCUCAUUGAUGGGGUUGAUGAAGAAGAGGAAGACAGCAAACAUGAACUGCUCGAUGAUCGUUAAUGUUCCAAACAAGGUUGUUUACGAUUGGACUUGUAAAUGAUUUUGCCUUGUUUUUUUUCUCUGUUCUUGUUCUUAGUUUGUUACCUUGUUCUUUGUCUUCUGGGUGUUGGAUUUGUUUACAGAGAGCUAGUAUAUAUGCAGCUCAUUUAUUAUUUAUUUUUAUUUCGUGAUAGUAAUAAUAAAGAUAUUUUUGUAUA